GAUUUUUCAAUGUAGUACCUGCGUUCAGGGUAGUUAGUCAAUUCGUUUUUAGUAUUCAAUAGGAUUCAGUUCGUGUAGGUUUCACUAGUUGUACAAAAAAACACAGAUUCAAAAAAGGCAUACAUUUUUUUUUUUUUAUUUUCGACGGCUUUUACACAUUAUGGACUUCCCGGUUAAUAUAAUUUCGGCUAGUGCUUUCGGUUCUUUUGGCGACAUAUAUAGGUUCGAGGAUGGCAGCGGAGAUGCGCGUGGUUCAUUGUUAUUGGGCAAAAGCAGCUACUGUGGAUUCGGCAGAGUUCAAGGUCAAGGGCUAGACCAGAACGAAACUGAAGAAGGCGGCGGUGGUGGACAUCGUAACGUGAGUAGACGCCACAGUGUGACCACAAUGGUAACGGCCACAACCAUGGCGGCAUCUUCAACCAUGAUAUUGAGCUCAAGUCGUUUCGGGUUAGCCGAAAUGAACAGAAAUGUGGUUCAGCCAUCGAUGGAUAUUGGUGAACAGCGACAACAACAAUAUCAUCGACAACAGACUGGCAUAUCCAUGAGCUUCAGUACGUUAUUGGCCAGGAGUUUGACAGAGGAACCGACAAGUAUGAAUCCAAAUAUAUUACCGUCCGUUGAUGGUGUCCCGUUCAUUAUGCUCGGGCAAGAGCGAUUCGAACUGGAACAGAGACGAUCUUUGUGCUGGGCAUGCGUCUGAGUGUGACGAAAAAUGAUAUUCGCAUGUUCUUUAGUUCCGUGGGAAUGAUCGCUGUCGACCAUGCGAGUAAACCAAGGAUUUUUGUGUACAAAAAUAAGCAAAAUGGACGAUCAAAGGGUGAGGCGACCAUUA